AAAUAAAAUAAAAAAAGAUCUCCCCUGAAAUUUGGUUUCAUUAUUCUCUCUCUUAUCUUUUGUCUAUAAAAGCCAGAGACAACCAUAAACCAAUUCAUCAUUACUAUCGUUCUCCAUUUCCAUCGACUCAACAAAACCAAAAUAUCACUAGGUACAUCUCCGCCGUCCGAUCAAAUCUUCCUCUCUAUCUAUUCUGUAUCACAAUGAAAACCAGUCCAAUCGCUUACGACCUUUACGAAUACAUCACUUCAACGGAGUCGGAUCCGCCCCGGGAAUUGCCGGAGCCCGAUGUUUAUGUUCUCACAUCUGACGGACUACGAAUCCCGGCGCAUUCUAGCAUUCUGGCUUCGGCGUCGGCUGUAUUUGAGAGUAUAAUUGAACAGCCACGUAAGAACAGAAGCUCCGAAAGAGUCAUUCGGAUCCUCGGCGUUCCUCAAGACGCCGUCGUUUCGUUUGUUCGCUUUCUCUACUCGUCGAGGUGCGAGGAGGAACAGCUUGAGCUGUAUGGAAUUCACUUGCUGGCACUGUCGCACGUUUACCUGGUUCCACAGCUGAAACAGAAAUGCGUAAAGAACUUGGGUCAACGGUUGACUUCCGAGAAUGUGGUGGAUGUCCUCCAACUUGCCAAGCUCUGCGACGCACCGGAUCUUUACCUCAAGUGCCUGAAACUCGUUUCAACUCAUUUCAAGGCUGUUGAAGCCACCGAAGGCUGGAAAUUCCUUCAAGACCACGAUCCUCAUCUAGAACUCGAUAUCUUGCAGUUCAUUGACGAGGACGAAAUGAGGAAGAAGAAGUCAAGAAAGCAUAGGGAAGCACAAAGCUUGUUUUUACAGCUAAGCGAAGCUAUGGAGUGUUUACAGCACAUAUGUACGGAAGGGUGCACAAGUGUUGGGCCGCAUGAUAUGGUGCCCGGAAAGAAGAAAGGCCCAUGUAGCAAAUUCUCCACGUGUCAAGGUAUCCAGCAGUUGAUCAAUCACUUUGCCACGUGUAAGAAGAGGGUUAAUGGUGGUUGCUUGCGUUGCAAACGUAUGUGGCAGCUUCUCAGGCUUCACUCUUCAAUUUGUGAACAAUCUGAUUCAUGCAAAGUUCCUCUAUGCAGGCAAUUCAAGUUGAAAAUACUCCAAGAGAAGAAGAAAGAUGAUUUAAGAUGGAAGCUAUUGGUGAAAAAGGUGGUGUCAGCUAAAACCAUAUCUUCUUUGUCCUUGACUAAAAGGAGGAAAGAAGAGGACCAGAGAGAGAAAUUGGGCUUGAGGGGCUACAGGUUGUAAUUAAUCAGAGUAGUCAGUGUAGUCAUAGUAGAAGAAGUACUUGAGAAGUGUUUUUCUUUUUCUUUUUUCCAAGUGUGAAAAGAGUGAAUUUUAAAUUUCACUUUUGUAAAUCGAAGUUUUUCUUUUAGGUAAAUCUAAAUAGUAAUAGUGUGGUUCUAUAAUAUGAAUCAUUUGUAAUAUUCAAAGAGAAAAAGUGAGAAUAUCCCAUCAUGAGGCAAAGAAGCUAGGUUGCCUCAGUUGUGUUUUGGUAAAGAGAAACACUUACAUGGGAUUAAAUUACUUUGUAAUUUUGAGUCAUUACUUUUGUAUGAAUGUACAUGCGAGUUGUUCUUAAAUAAAUACAUAUUUUAAUAUUAAUAUUAAU